GAAAAAAGCAGUGGCUGUCACUUGUUUACUCGAGUGACGGUCGUCAUUAACCACUAACCUCGCCGCCGCCGGCUACCCUGCGCCUCCAGCUUCACCUCCCCUCUAUUUAUUGGCUCAGCCUGGAGGAGCAAGAGUGUACUCGAGGUAGGAGAGGAUCGGAGCUUCGGAGGACGACGGCCAGUAGCACUGAGUACUAUCCUUAGUGAGUAGAGAGGAGCAGAGGACAGUGCGGUUCUGCGUCGAGGAUGGAAGCGCCGGCGGCGAAGCCCGUCAUCCGCGUGGCCGCCAUCUGCGGCUCCAUCCGCAAGGCCUCCUGGCACCGCGGCCUCAUCCGCGCCGCCGCGGAGUUGUGCGAGGAGUCCAUCCCGGGGCUUCGCGUCGACGACGUGGACGUCGCCGGCCUGCCGAUGCUCAACACCGACCUCGAGACCGACGGCGGCCGCGGCUUCCCGCCCGCCGUCGAGGCGUUCCGCGCCAAGGUCCGCGACGCCGACUGCUUCCUCUUCGCCUCGCCCGAGUACAACUACUCCAUCACCAGUACGCAUUUCUGGUUUAAUUACUCCCUUCGUCCUAAAAAAUAAAUAUAAUUUUAGCACUCAAAUUUUAUAUCUCACAAAGAGCGUAGUUUUAGUUUGUAAUCAACAGACUAAA